GCAGCUCGCGUGGACAGUUCGCCUUCGCUUCGGUCGCUCGUUUGCUUUGCGCGACCAACUCAAUUUGAAAAUAAAAUUUUGGCCAAUAACAAAAUUUGUUUUUUUAAUUGCCAAAUCAAAACCACAUCGAAAUACCGCAAAGAAAUGCGACGCGACGCGCUGCCAACUAAUUCAAUCUAACUUAAAGAAUCAACUCGAAAAGUGCAACAUUCCCCCAUAAAUAAUAAGCAAGCGUUGCAGUUAAGUUACCGCUUAAAUCAACGAUCCAACUAUCAAGAAAGGAAAAACCUUCAACCUAGGCUUAGUAAAAAGGAACGCAGAAUGCUGAUGCACACCACGUCCAUUUCCACAACGUCGACGGCCACCAUGACCAACUCAUCGUCCUCGGCCACGCCCACUCCGGGCUCGACCUCCUCCAACAACAGUGCCACGCUCGAGACGCUCCACCAGCAACAACAGCAGCAGCAGCAGCAGCUGCAACAACAGUUGCAGCAAUUGCACACGAAUGUGGCCAACAAUUCGCGGCCCCCCUCGCGGGCGCCCUCCAUCCUGGACAGUCCCACCCUGGCGCGUGUGGAGCGGGCCCGACUGCGGUUGGAGCAGCAGGAGCGCGAGCGGGAACGGGAGCGGAGCAGCCAGCGGGAGGGGGGCGGCAGCAUGGGCGGAGGAGGCGGCGGGGGCGGCAGCAGCACUGGCACUGGCAGCACCGCCACAACCAUGAAUCGUGAGGAUAGCCUGGAGCGCAGCAUUUUGGAUCCCAAGAAAGAAACGGCGCCCUGGCAUCAGAUGUGGACGCAUAUGAAACGCCUCUCGCACGCCUCCAAAGUCAAUUCCACGAGCAGUCUGACCGCCCAGAAAACCGAUGUGGGCGUGGGCCAUCAUCCGAACAUGACACCCAGUGCAACAACAACGGCCACAACAACAACAACAGCGAACUCCUCCACACCCGGGAAAUGCAUUCUAUUCCCGGAUAAGACGUCCUCGCUGAAAAGCUCUAUGUAUACGCAACAGGUGUACUUCAGGCCCGAUAUGCAAUCCUUGCUGGCAGGACGCAUUCCGGUGGCCUCCAUGACAGGACCCAUUAAACGAGGACUGCUCUGGCAGCAAAGGGAUCGCCUCUUCUCUCGCUGGAAGGAACGAUACUUUGUGCUCACUCGUGACUACUUGCACUGCUUCAAGAGAGCCUCGGGAUCGGCCAAUGAACGUGCCUCGGAUAUGGGACAGUUUAUCUUCAAGGUCAAGCUGGUGGAUGUGGAGAAGGUGGAGUGGCUGAAUCGGCGCUCCUACAGCGCCAUCGGACUUCUACUGGGCCGCGAGGGUCGCGUUCUCCUACGCUGCGAUGAUGGCCUCGAGGACUGGUUCGAGCUGCUGGAGGAAUGCACAAUGACCUCCAAGGAGCGAAGACGAGCCCUGAAGAUCGCCCAAGGUCCCAGAUCCCGAGCCUCCUUGGCAGCUCCAGUUUCCCACGCCUCGCUGCAGUUCCAUCACUUCGGACUGGGAGGCACUUACUCGAGUGCUCUGGAUGACUGGCUGAUGACCAAUGGAACUGGGGGUCUGGCCCGCCACAAAAUAGGAGCUGGUAGUCUGAACGGUUAUGCUGGAGCCAAUCCCUUCCUCUUCUCCGAUUCGGUGCCGGAUCUGAGUGCUCUGAAUAAUGAGAACCACAAUCACCACCUGAGCGGCAUCAGCACCAACCACUCGACGCCCCAGAAGAUCCCGCACCACAGCAAUGCGAAUCUCAGCCGCUAUUCCAAUGGCUAUGUCUCGGCCCAGAACAGUUUCACCCAGGCUGGAGCCCUCUAUGGAUCACCCAGGAGGAUCUUCAUCAACAGCAGUUUCGGUUCCAAUCAGGUGGUGGAUGAGGAAACCGAGGAGACGGAGGUUCAGCUGAGGAGACCCAGACUUUUCCGCGGAGUGAGUGCCACUCCCGAUAAUGGCAACGAAUUGGACAGGGAUUGGCUGUACCGAAAGCCAAGGGCGCCCACUGAUAUGAGGCACUCAGUUCAACCCAUGUUACCCGUUGGCGGAGGCAGUAAUGUUGGCCUGGCCAAAACCGAACUGGACUGUUCGGCCCAUGAUAGUGGCCUGGACACGCCCCCUUCGACACACCGCCCCUCGAGUUAUCGGGAGGCGAGCAGGGAUAGCACCGAGACGAAUGGCAGCUCCUCGAGGGGAACGCUGCUGAACAACUCCUCGCCGGGUGGAAGUUUUCGGGCCAAGAAACUGAGCAGCCAGGUCAGCAAUCUCAAUCAGCUGAAUUCCUUGCAUGGAUCGCGAUACUCAGUGCAGGAUCAGCGUAUCCUAAAGAUGCGCAACAACGAGGAGGAUCGCUGUGCCUCGAUCAAGAUGGCCAAUCGGCUCAAUCAGAAUCAAGAGCAGGCCAACUACGAUCCCAACCAGAAUCGCUACUAUAAGAACGGCAAUGCCACGCCCCCCACUUCACUGACGCCCCAACAUACGCCGCAGCACAAGCUGAUGAUGAUGCACCAUGGCAAUGGGAACGGCAACAUGGGAACACUAAAUGGCAACACCAAUGGCACCGGAUCGGAUCGGAUGAACGGUUCGGCCAUUUUCCGGGAGCGGUACCAACAUCCUGCUCUGGCCGCCAUCAUCAACGAAGCCCAGGGUCUCAAGUUCCGAGAACGCGCCUAUUCGGACAGCCAGCAGCGUCGCCUCAACAACAACAAUGGACCGACACCCCAACCAGCCUCGCCCCUCGCCCAGCGCCGGAAUAAUGGUGGACUCGGAUCCGGAGUCGGAUCAGCGGCUAUAUAUGGCACGCCCACGCGUGUAUAGCGCCUAAAGGUCUAAGAAUAAUCCAAAUCGAUGGAGGAUUGAUCACUCCCCACUAGUUUAAAAAGCAUAUAAGCGGUAAAUUAGUCAACUUGAUGGAAAGUUUGGAAAUUAUUUGCAUAGAAAAUACUUCAACGAAGAUAGAAAAUAAUAACUAAAUAAUAAUUAUGUAGUAGUACUCUCAGUGUGUGUGCUCCAAUGUCCAGCUUUAUGUAAAUGUUUAAAUAAAAUAUGCAUUAGAGAAAAAUCUAA